CGGCCACCGUUCGCUUCAAUAUGGCUGCCUCCAGGGAGAGGAGCGAUGAAUGCCGAAGUGGAGAGCGGGGACUCUAAAUUCCUCACGCAUGGAUCGCAGCGCAGAAUUCAAGAGAUGGAAGGCACAGUGUUUGAGUAAAGCAGAUCUCAGCCGGAAGGGCAGUGUGGACGAAGAUGUGAUCGAGCUUGUGCAGCUCCUGAACGCUCGAGAACAGUUUUUCACCACCAGCUCCUGCGCUGGCCGCAUCCUCCUCCUAGACGGGGAUAUAAAUGGUUUGGGGGUUCAGAAACAAAACUGUUGCUGGCUACUAGUUACACACAUACCUUGCAUAAAAGAUGAUGUGAUGGUAGCUCUGAAGAAAGCAAACGGUGAUGCCGUUUUCAAAUUUGAACCAUUUGUUCUUCAUGUGCAGUGUCGGCAGUUGCAGGAUGCACAGAUGCUGCAUUCAGUGGCAAUUGAUUCUGGUUUCAGAAACUCUGGCAUUACGGUGGGAAAGAGAGGAAAAAUUAUGUUGGCUGUCCGGAGUACACAUGGUUUAGAAGUUCCAUUAAGCCAUAAGGGAAAAUUGAUGGUGACAGAAGAAUAUAUUGAAUUCCUGUUAAAUAUAGCAAACCAGAAAAUGGAGGAAAACAAGAAAAGAAUUGAAAGGUUUUACAACUGUCUACAGCUUGCUUUGGAGAGAGAAACAACUAACUCACAUACCAAGAUCAAAGAGAAAAAUAACCCAUUCUGUACUCCUAAGAAAAAGAGAAACCCAGAAAAACUACGUGGCAAAUGUAUCCCUGAAGAAAAUGAUAAAGAACCUGAAAUUGAUGAUGACAAUGACCCAGGAAUCAAUGUUGCUAUCUUCCCCAAAGAUUACUGAUUUGUUUCUGAAGUGUAUUAGUAAAAUAAUGUUCCUAAUAGGUGUUAUAAAGUUGCUCUUUAUAAGAGUAUUUUAGCUGGUUGAUAUCAGCCAUUCAGAAAAGCAAGAUUUAAUUUCUCUGUUUGAGAGAAAACCAUUUUAUAAGCUUCUGUGACUUUUUCUUGUAUGUUUGCUCAUGAAUUACUGCAUUUUUCAAUCAUAAUCAUUGCAAAAAUAAAAUUAUGAUUUUUAAUGCUG